AUGGUUCACUAUUAUUUUCCAGAUGUCCAGGAGACUUUGGAGACCAAGCGUGAGGAGAUUGCGGCGCUCCGUCCUUGUAUGUUAGAGGAAUACGAACAACUUCUCAAGGUCCGAGCAGAAGUCAUGGCAACCCAGACACAGGAAGUGGAGAAACUCCAGAGAGAGAUGGAACAACUCCACCAGAGUUACGCAGAGCAGAUCAAAGUGUUCCAAACUAAAGUGGAGGAACAGUCAGAAGAGGCCAUGCAGACCAGACUAAAGGAAGAGAAUGAAAAAGAAAUCCAGGAUUUAAAAGAUCAUUAUGAAUCUCAAAUAAAAGAACUACGCAGUCAGCUAGAAGCUACAACACAGGAAGUGACAUCACUGAAACAGGAAGUGACAUCACCAAGUGAUGAACAGAAUCAAAAAAGCAGUGAACAGAGUGAAACAAAUAAAAGAAAAGCAACGACAAACACUGACAGCAGGAUCCAGGAAUUAGAAAAAAUACUGGAGGAAAAAUCAAAUGAAAUUGCUGAACUUCAGGAGAAACUAGAAUUAGAGUCUCAAUUAAAUAUAGAACUCAGGGAGAAAAUGACCUUGACAGAGAGCAAGAUCACAGAGAUGGAGCAAAUGAUGCGUGAAAAACAGUGCCAUAUUGAAGAAAUGAACAAUAGAUUAAAGGAAAAAGAGGCCAUAUUGAAGAUUCUGGAGAGAGAGAAGGAAGAAGUGGAGGAGAAUUGUAGGAGAGACCUCGCAGAGUGUGAAGGUUCAAGCGAGAGAACAACGGGCGAGAUCAGUGAUAAACUUCUGAAACCUCAACAAGAACUAGACGCAUCACUGGAGCAGGAGAGAGUGUUAGAAGAGCAGUACGACGAGCUACAGCAUCAGCAUAGGGAGCAGAUAGAGGCAUUGAGACAGGACUUGGAGCAUGAACACCGAGCUGAGAUCAUGGACGUGCAGUCAAAGUUCAAAGUUCAAUAUGAGAUCAAGCUGAAGAUACAAGCGGCAGACAUGACGUACGAUUUCGGAGAAAAAAUUAAAAAGAUGGACGAAGACCAGAGGAAAGAACUUGAAGAGUUAGAGAGGAAGAGGAACUGGAAGAAAUGAAACAAAAGAGAAAAUUACAAGAAGAAUGCAAUACAUCUGUGAAUCUCCCAGAAUCCUCCUCUGAAAAUUACCCAGAAUCCUCAACUGUCACUGUCCUCCGCUUUGGAUGAUGAUUCGCUGAGUAAGUCUACAGAGACGGCCAGUACGGUGAUCGACGCCCAGAAGAAUGUCAGGCCAGAAAAGAAGAGUUCCGAGGACUCGGACGACGAAUUAGAAGAGAUGCAAUCAGAGGCGCAUGAAGAAGACGG